AUGGCUAAGCCGUCGAGCUCAAACUCCGACUGGGCCGUCAGCGAGACGAGAAAGCCCGUAGCCGCGAGGCCAGCGCUGUAUGGGGCCGCCUUCAACCCCUACUGCCGCAAAAACGAUGAUCAACUUCUCGCCACAGUGGGCGGCAACGCGGCGACGAUCUACAAGUUCCGCGUCAAAAGCAAGAAGUUCGACCAGCUGAUCUCGUACGAGGAUGAAAACACGAAAGAGGCGCUCUACGUCGUGUGCUGGGCGUAUCUGAAGGAGGGGCGCAUGGCGCUGUGCGUCGGCGGCCAGCUCGGGGUGAUUCGCGUGAUCGACACCGAGGCGGGAACGACGGCGAGGCUACUACACGGGCACGGACAGAGCCUGUGCGACAUCCGACAUCACCCAUCGCUUCGCGGCAUCAUCGCCACCUCGUCUGAAGACCUCUCGGCCAUCAUCUGGAACGUCAACCAACACAUGCCCCUGAUUCGGCUCGGCGGCUACCGGGGCCAUCGUAAUCAAGUAUUAUCGCUGGACUGGUCCGAAUGCGGCGAGUUCGUCAUCACGGCCAGCAUGGAUCACCAAGUGAUGUGCUGGUCGUUGAAGGGGUUUUAUAUGAAGAAGAUCCGAUGCUCGAUGACCGGCGAGAAAUUCGACGCGCACGAGGUACUCCGGGAGGACUUCCCGAAAACAACCGACGAGGCUGUGCUGAAGAAAAUACGGCUCGAGAAAACCUACGAAGACAUGUUGAUGAUCAACGAGCCGUGCGCCAAGUCCAACGAUUUCCACUGGAACUACAUUGACUGUUUACGGGUCGUCAAGGGAUUCUGCUUUUCAAAGUCUGUCUACCAGGACGCGAUUAUGAUCUGGAAGUUUGGCACGUUCGAGGAUGGAGUUGCGGGCCUCGAACACGUGAUCAAGACGGAAAACACGUCCUCCUUCCUGGCGCAGCUCGUCAUCCCCGAAAAUAACUGGUGGUUCAACAAGUUUGACAUCGACCCGAGUUUCAAGUGGCUCGCCUGCGGGAUCGAGGGCAGCGUCCACAUCUUCAACAUCGACGGCGAAAAUAUCUUCAACAAAAACGCGGUGAAAUCGGUCAGCACCGGCCGGCAAUCAAAGGACGACCAGAUGCGCCAGAUUUGCUUCGAGCCCUACGGCAGAUUUAUGGCUGCCGUCGGUGACAAGGGCCACAUUGUUAGGAUCGAUCUCAAAUCGGCGCUCGACGAUGAGCUCAACCCUUCGCAA